AUGCUCACAGCCCCCUCGAUAAGUUCUGUGUUCUCCCCCAGCCCCAUUCUCUCCAGCUGCCCUCCAAGAUUGUGUCCUUUAUCCUUCGGCGAAGGAGUUGAGUUUGACCCUUUACCAGCCAAGGAAAUAAGGUACACGUCGCAGGUGCGCUACGGCUCGGAGCAGCGCUUCAUCGCCGCCGUCUUCCUGCCGCUGGCGCUGAGCGUGGCCGGCUGCAGCCAGAGCAUCGUCUGCGUGCCCGACUGCUCGUGGCGCCGCUACCGCAGCGAGGUGCGCCUGGAGCCGCGCCACCGGCCCCGCCGCUUCGCCUGCACCACCAUCGUCUACCCCAAGCGCGCCCAGACUGUCUGCACCACCACGCUGGACUACGACUGCCGCAAGGCCGCGCGCAGGUUCCUGGCCAGCGUGGAGCUGGACGCCGCCGAGUGCCCCGGGGACGGCUGCUGACCGCAGCCCUGCUCCCGUCCGCCCUCCCGCCCGUCCCCGCAGCCUCUCCCUCUCUCCCAGCUCUCAGCUCCCGCUCCCCGCCGCGGUUGGUUUUCGGUGGGAACCUGGCUUGGCUUUGUUGCGGGUUCCCCUCUCUCCUUCCCCGCGGUAAUCAGGUGAAAAUAGCCGCAGGUGGUUUCCUGCGGGAGGAGUUGGCAGGUAAGGAGGAGUGUGGGGUAGUGGCUGGCAGGUGGAGAUUCCCGUGAUGUGCAAAAAGUCCUUUUUUACUUUUGCGGUUUGCUGUCCUGCAGAGAAUCCUCCAGGUGUGGUUACACAGAGAGCUGUCAACUAUUUCAGUUGGAAAUUGCUGGGAAAGGCUAACAGAGAAAAAUCCAGAAUUCUGCAUUUAACGCGUGCCAAACUGUUAACAUACAGCAUUCAGUCUGUGUGAAGGUGUAAACUGGGGGGAAGAGGAGUUCUGAGCAGAGCAGGAGACAAACUGCUUCUGCAGCUCCAGGCACAGAGACAGGAUGGUGUGAUUGCAGCCCUUUGGGUGGUGGAGAACCUGAACCUGUGUUCUGUGUGGCACACAAGUGUUUCUGUGCCUGCAGCAGCGCUUGGAACAGAGAGUAGCAGGCCAGGAAUUAUCCCUGUGUUGUUGGAUCUUGGUGAUGUGGAGGUGGAAAACCACAAGUGCCUUGUUCUUACCCACACUGGCUGUGUGCACUAAAGGAGCUGUAAGCAGAGCAAAGUUCAGAUGGAGUGCUGGACAGAGGGAACCAGAAUGGCAAAGGAGGUGCUGGGUUGGGUGUGAGACCCUGUUGUGGUGGGCUUGGGAGGAGGGAAACAGGAGCAAGGUUUGUAGUGCACAGCAAAACCCACAGCUGGAGCUCUGCUUCCCCCUGAGCUGGUCAGAAAUCCCUGUCCUUGGGACUGGGGAUGUCACUGGGAUGGGGCAGCCUCUGCCUGUCUGCAGGCUGCUGAAAAAAAAACCUCUCCUGGGGGCGUGGUGAGUUUGGGGACCAAAGGGAAUCGCUUCAGAUACUAUCAGAGUUCUGUCUGGAUGUUACGUGCGUUCGUUUCUCGUGUGCCUUGAUGAAAGUAAGACAGAGAGGUUUCCUUCUUUUCCCAGAUUUUUUUCUCCUGUGUUGACAGAGCGUAGUGUGGAGAGCGUCUGCUUUGGGGAGCGUGGCUUGUGCUGGUUUUUUGUGUGGUGUAGUCUCUCAGAAACACCUGCUAGACCUGUCUGAGCUGGGCACGGCAUUUCCACGUAUUCCAAAACUCCUCUGAGGUGUGGGUGUGCAACACCGGUCCUGGUGUUUUAAAAGUCCUGCUUCUCAGGAGGACUUGGCAGUGCACAGCCCCAGGGGUGGGUUUUGUCAGGGGCAGCCUCUGAGCCUGUUCUUGAGCUGUGCUUUGUGUGUUUGUGCAAGUGUGGUGGAUGGUGUGGGAGUGGGAGCUGGAAGGAGCUGGGAGAUGAAAGUGCGGCAGGAAGGAAACCUUGGGUUUGUAUGGUUUGGGGGGUUUUUUAUUGUUGCUGUUAGGGUUUUUUUUACUUAUUUAUUAGCUCAGAAAAGAACAUCCUUCUCCUUUGGUAGUUGCCUAAAACGAUCCCAGCGUGAGAGAGGACAGGGGUGGCUCCGGAGCCAAGCGUCACCCUGGAACAUUUUGGUCUGGCAGGCUGCAAGACUGGGCAGAUGUGUCUUAAACAGGUGAUGCAAUCCUGCCCUAAGUGCUGCCCCAGGAUGUCCCUGUGGUGUAAGAGAAGGCCCAGCUCACCCCACAGCCCGUGGGGUUUCUCACUUCCCUCUGUAGGACGGGGUUGCUCCAUCCCUCGCUCCCGAAGCUGCUGGUGCUGGACACAGAAUUCCAGGAGAACCUGGGCUGCUCCCACGAAUGCUCUCCCAAUGGAUCCCCUUGGAACAGAUCUAAGAGGAGCUUGUUUUGACUUGUAGCCAUUAGUCCUUCCUAGUUAGAAGCGAAAUAACCCACACAGUACCCCUCACACUCUGGUUUUAGCAUAAAGCACCUGAUUUUUAUAAAGCAAGCAAACUUAAUAUGUACCUCUUAAAAAUAUUUUAAUUGGUAGAGAUACCUUUUAAAUUAUUUAUGUUCCAACAUUUGCAAAGCUCUGAUUAGCUCUGUGCAAGUGUUCUGGUGUCUGUGAUGUUUCCCACCCCCUCCUUCUGAUUUUCAAUUUGUCUUUUACUUUAUUGGUAAUAAAUGAACUGAAAACCAUCCUGCAGGGAAGUCUCUUUAUUUCUGUUCAAAGCUUUUCAGUGUUUAUUGUGGUAGUUACUCGGAAAUACAUUUUAUUUCCUGCCAAUCCCAGCUCCCCUCCUUUCUCUUCUAUUUGUUGUUUACAUAUUCUAGGAGGGUGUUUCCUAUAUAAAACUGUCUCUUUUAAAAACCAAACCAACACCAAAUGUUGUGGAUUUGUCAAUUUAGUAAGAGAUUGAAAAAGUGCUUCAAAGACAGCUGAAAAUCCUCUCCUUGAUGUGUUUGAGUUGUUCAUCUGGUACAGUUUUAUUUUUAAAGAGAGUUUUUGGUAUGAAUUUCAGCAUAUCCUACAAGUGAAGAACUAAUCCCUUUCAAAUAUAACAUGUAUUUAACCAGGCAGGAAUUUAUUUUUAAAAUGUAGAUGUUCAAAUGUUGCUUUAGUAAACACAGCAUAAACAUGAGACCAGAAUGUGUUAUGCAUUAAACUUUAUAAACCCAAAAGAGGUGAUUAUAA